CCCGAAUACCCCCUCCCACGUACACUCUCUCGAGGCAGGUGAAGCUCCUGUGACAUUCACAGGCUGCAGAAACACUCCUCUCGAUCGCCUACCUAAGAAUACCUCGCCGCCUCCGCCAACAUCACCUCCGAACUACCCCACCACGUCGCAUCAAACCCCCCAAUUUCGAACCUGCUAAACCUACUCGGUCAAUAUGCCGACCAUAUCGGUAGACAAAGCUGCUCUCUUUGCUGCUCUCGAAAAGGAAUAUACAACUGAGGAAUUCGACGAGCUAUGUUUCGAAUUCGGAAUCGAGUUGGACGAGGAUACCAGCCAGAGUAAGAAGCCUGAAGACUUAGCUCAACCCCCCCAGCUCAAGAUUGAGAUACCGGCGAACCGAUACGAUAUGCUUUGUUUUGAAGGAAUUGCGCUAAACCUAAGGGUCUUCCUGGAGAAACAGAAGCUGCCGAAGUGGACGCUUACUCCGCCUGCAUCUGGCGAGUUGGAGACACUUACGAUAAAGGAGGAGACUAUGAGGAUUAGACCGCUCUGCUCUGGGGUUGUGCUACGGAAUAUCAAGUUCGACAAGGCCAGAUACGAAUCCUUCAUAGCAUUGCAAGACAAACUGCACCAGAAUCUUGCGCGCCAGCGAACGCUAGUGUCAAUUGGAACACAUGAUCUUGAUAUGAUCAAGGGGCCUUUCACAUAUGAGGCUCUGCCCCCGGAAGAAAUUGAGUUUGUCCCACUGAACCAGACACAAAUGAUGAACGGAAAGGAAAUCAUGGAAUUCUAUGAUAAAGACAAGCACCUCGGCCGAUAUCUACACAUCAUUCGAGACUCCCCUGUCUAUCCCGUGAUCUUCGACUCACAUCGAAAUGUUCUCUCCCUGCCCCCAAUUAUCAAUGGAAAUCUCAGCAAGAUCACCCUAGACACAAAAAACGUCUUCAUUGAAAUCACGGCACUUGACAAGACGAAAGUCGAAAUCGUGAACCACAUGCUCGUUGCGAUGUUCGGAGGAUACGCCGAGUCAAUAGAGCCAAUCAACAUCAUCUCACCGCACAACAAGGAAUCAAGAGAGGCGCCAGAUCUAGCCCCGCGAGAAAUGCAAGCUGAGGUGGAUUAUCUAAAUAACGUAACGGGCUUAAAUAUCUCUCCGUCUGAUAUCUCGAACCUUCUCGAGCGCAUGGGCUACAUUGUCACACCCUCAGGAACUGACAGUAAACUACUCGACGUUUCAGUCCCAAUCACGCGAGCAGAUGUGCUCCACCAAUGCGAUAUCAUGGAAGAUUUGGCAAUCGCAUGGGGCUUUAACAAGCUUCCGCGAGUGUAUCCGAAUAAAUCUGCUGCAGUUGCAGCACCACUGCCCAUCAACAAGCUCGGGGAUAUCGUUCGCUUCGAAGCCGCAGCCUCAGGAUGGAGCGAAGUCAUGCCUCUAAUUCUCUGCUCACACGAUGAGAACUUCGGGUGGCUCAACCGAAAAGACAAUGGUGGAACAGCAAUCAAACUCGCGAACCCGAAGACAGCGGAGUACCAGAUAGUCCGGACAUCAUUACUACCGGGUUUGCUUAAGACCAUUAGCUCGAAUAGACAUCAUGCUGUCCCAAUCAAGGUCUUCGAAGUCAGUGAUAUCGGGUUCAUUGAUCUCUCGAAGGAAAGGAAAACCCGCAAUGAACGUCACUUCGCUGCAGCGAUUAUGGGCAAGACGAGCGGAUUUGAACAAGUACAUGGCUUGCUGGACAGGAUGAUGUUAAUGCUGAAGUCGAGUUUCCUUACGCCAGAAGAAGGACUGAAGAACGACAAAUUGGAGGGCUAUUGGAUUGAGGAAGUUAACGAUCCGACUUUCUUGAAGGGACAUUCGGCAGCAAUCAAGAUCAAUAUUGCGGGUGUACAUCAUACGAUUGGCGUCUUUGGUAUUCUACAUCCGUCGGUGUUGCAUAAAUUCGAGCUACCAUACCCUGUCAGUACCCUUGAGAUUAACCUUGAAGUCUUCUUGUAGCCGUUUCCGGCCAACAUGUGCGGUAAAAAUCGGAAUUUCUUGCGAUAGACGUCUAGGCUCAUUGUAUGAAUGAAAGUGAUCAACAAAAAGAAUGUCGCGCUUAUUGCCUGCGGGAUUAUUGGACGACGGGCAUAGGUGAAUUCUUUGAGAGGUGCAGGUGACGCUGAAAUAGAUGUCGCAUCUUUCUCGCUGACUGCUGCUAUGGAGCACUCUUUGCAUCAUCGAAUUCAAUUGAG